GGUUGCUCACCUCCAAGAACAAGCAAUACCCAAACUAAAGGGAAAUACAUUGUGAAAAAAAUUGUGAAAACUCCUUUUUAUUUUUACCUUUGGAGAAGCUGAUUUCCUUCAGCAAGUGGGGGAAGGUGGAGAAAAUGAAGCCAAGUCUGCGAGUUUUCUUCGCUACUUUUCUCUCAUUGUUUCUGCAGAUGGGACUUUGCUAUGGGAUCAAAUGGAUAGCUUUGUCCAAGACUCCUUCAGCUCUGGCCUUGAAUCAAACCCAGCACUGCAAGCAGCUUGAAGGCCUGGUGGUCUCCCAGGUGCAGCUGUGUCGCAGCAACCUGGAGCUGAUGCAGACCAUCAUCCAGGCAGCACGAGAAGUCAUAAAGACCUGUCGGAAAACCUUCUCAGACAUGAGGUGGAACUGCUCUUCCAUUGAGCUGGCUCCUAACUACCUGCUGGACUUGGAGAGAGGCACAAGGGAGUCAGCAUUUGUGUAUGCCCUUUCUGCUGCUGCCAUUAGCCACACCAUUGCCAGAGCCUGCACCACCGGGGACCUCCCUGGCUGUUCCUGUGGUCCCAUCCCAGGUCUUGAAAGCCUCUCUUGAAAUGAAAUGUAAGUGCCAUGGAGUUUCUGGGUCAUGCUCUAUCAAGACCUGUUGGAAAGGCCUUCAAGAGCUGCGAGACAUUGCCUUGGACCUCAAAACCAAGUAUUUAUCUGCCACCAAGGUCGUACACCGGCCCAUGGGCACACGCAAAUACCUCGUGCCAAAGGAUAUUGAUAUCAGGCCAGUUAAAGAGACAGAGCUGAUUUACCUGCAGA